UUUCCCGUGGUGCCCGCGGCCGCGGUUCGCAGCGAUGGCGGGCUUUCCGCGCCGGAGCGCUGCUGGGGCUGCGCCGCCCCCGGCUGCGCGUGCGGCGCGCGGGGCGCGCGGGCCGAGCCGGCGCUGCCGAGCCGGCGGCUGUCGGGGGGCUCGCCCGGCCGCCCGCCGCGGGAGCCGUGGACCAGCGCGUGGGGCUCGCUGGGCGGGCCCGCGCCGGCGGCGGAGCGGAGCGCGGAGGCGGCGGCCGCGCGCGACGAGGACCGGCCGCUCGUGUUCCUGUGCGCCGGCUGCCGGCGGCCGCUGGGCGACUCGCUGAGCUGGGUGGCCGGGCCCGAGGCCAGCUGCAUCCUGCUGCGCAGCGUGUCCAGCAACGUCUCUGUGGAUGCGGAGCAGAUACUGUCCAAACGGGAGAACGAGAACGGCUGCAUCCUGGAGACCCUGCGCUGUGCGGGCUGCGCGCUGCCGCUCGGCCACAUCUACCGCAGCACGCCCGGCCACCUGGACUACAAGCGGGACCUGUUCUGCCUGGGCGUGGGCGCCACCGAGAGUUACGUCCUAGGGUCCUCGGAGAAGCACAUCGUGUCGGAGGACAAGGCGCUCGGCCUGGAGAGCAGAGCUGAGAUGGAGAACUCGCUGAAGCAGAUGGAGGACGUGCUGACGAUCCUGCAGGCGAAGCUGCGGGACGUGGAGGCCAGGCUGCCCUUAGCCAGCUCCAAGUCCGAGCUGUGACCCUCGCGCCCUCGGCUCCCGGCCGAGGCGGCCGUUCCUGCUGCCACUCCCGGACGAGGGUCUCGCAGGCCGGGUCCUGUGUGUCCACGGGCACCGGGGAGCCGUGGGCUUGCCUCACGGCUCUCUGAUUUGAAGAGGUGACUGCUUCCAUCCUGUGACGCUCGCUGGACACAGGAUCGGAGCUUUUGUUCCGAUAAAAAGCUGCCAUGAUUUCUGCACUGCUCUCUCCUUUGCAUCAAACCCAUCUUCACUUGGUGCCUAACUCCCUUUCGCCGCCGGUGCCCUGAGGAACACUGAGUGAGGCGUGGCUCUCCGGCCACCCGGCCGUCCUCUCUGAGCCUCCCCACAGCCUGAGGGGCCGGCAGGAGGGAAACCUGCCGGGGAGCGAGCAGCGCUGCUCGUGACGGGAUUCUGUGCCCUGUGCCCUGCCCCCGGCCUGCCGAUGCUUCCAGAGGGACGUGGUGUCCCGUUUCCCAUGGCGGAGACUCACGGGGGCAUGCGUGGCUCAGUCACAAAGAGAAUAAAGAUUAAUUCGGAUGGAUUGUGA